UCCAGAGAAGUGGGGAAAGCUGUUGCAAAGAUAAUAGCCCUUGCACUUGAUUUGGAUGAAAAAUUUUUUGACCAGCCAAAAAUAUUCGGAGAGCCAAUUGCAAUUCUGCGUUUGCUGCGCUAUGAAGGUCAAAUCUCAGACCCCUCGAAAGGAUUAUAUGGAGCUGGUGCUCAUACUGACUUUGGUUUAAUUACACUGUUGGCAACAGAUGAUGUUUCAGGCCUUCAAAUAUGCAAAAAUAGGGAUGCUAAACCUCAGAUAUGGGAGGAUGUAGCACCAUUGAAGGGAGCCUUCAUUGUGAAUCUUGGUGACAUGCUGGAGCGCUGGAGCAACUGUGUUUUCAAGUCCACACUGCACAGAGUUCUAGGAAAUGGUCAAGAAAGAUAUUCUAUUGCAUACUUCUUGGAGCCAAGUCAUGACUGUCUAGUAGAGUGCUUGCCAACCUGCAAAUCUGAUAGUAAUCCUCCUAAAUUUCCUCCCAUCUUAUUCCAGGACUACCUGACUCAACGCUACAAGGACACUCAUGCUGAUCUGAAAUUUACAAGAAACAGCAAGCUUGAAUAGUCAACCUUUGGAACUGAACAGCCUAGUGUUUUUUCACAAAAACACUCACUUACACUGAUUUGGAUAUUUACCAACAAGAAGCUUAGGAAGUUUGCUUUUGGAGCUGAGUAGCCAGGAAAUUUUGAACUGCAUAUUGUUUUAGAGACAACAGCAUCAUAUGUUAAACAUGUUAUUUA